CAAAAGAACUGUGCCAAUGAUGAUUGCUCAACAUUUCAGCGAAACUACAAUUACACCUGGUGUUGAUGUAAACCUCCAGUGUGUAGUCAAUGGUCCUCAUCCAGCCAGAUUUGUUUGGGAAAGGGACGGCGUUGUUAUCUCUGCCAAUACAGAUUCGAGGUAUUCAGUAGGUCAAACCAUGACAACAGAUGGAGGUGUGACCACCCAACUUAACAUUUCACAUGUGAGGGUUGAUGAUGGAGGUCGAUUUGCAUGUUUGGCCCAACAAGGAGAUGCUGUCAUAUCACAUGAAGAUAGAGUAAAUGUUUAUGGUCCCCCCUAUAUCCGGACAUUGCCACCCUUCAAAGUUCAGAGCGGUCAAAGUGUCACUCUCCGGUGCCCCUACUACGGCUAUCCGAUAAGAGAAAUAACAUGGGAAUACAAAGGAAAGGAAAUCAAUUCAGAUUCAAUACAAACUAACCGAUAUAAGAGACUAAUAAAUAACACUGCCCUUAGCAUAGAAAUAUUUGGUAGAAAACCUAAGUUAAGAGGUAAAAGAGAUAUAGCGACAAUUACGAACGAUGGAGUAUUAAAUGUAAAUAAAGUUAGUAAAAACGAAAACGGCGCUACUUUUGCGUGUAUAGUGAGAAGUCCAUCUGGUGAAAUGGCGAAAAGGUCAUUUGAGUUACAAGUAGUAGAGGCUCCACAGUUAGAGGAGAUACUUUUAGCGUCAGAUCUUCAAGAGGGCCAAAUAGUACAAAUUCACUGUAAUUUGAAGAGCGGUGAUUCGCCAGUUUAUUACUCAUGGUUGAAGGAUGGAAAAAAAAUACCCUCUAAUCUUAAGAUCGUAGAGCGGAGCUUGGAAGUAUUUAGCGUACUUAUUAUCAAGAAUGUGUCUUUAGAACAUUGUGGCACAUACACGUGCGUUGCGGCGAACCACGUUGCUAAAGUAAACAGGACUGUAAACUUGUAUAUCAAAGUGGCACCUAAGUGGAAUGAAGAACCGCAAAAUACAUCAUUAUUAUUGGGAAGAAAUGGUCACGUUUCUUGCAGUGCGAAUGGGUACCCACAACCACAAACCCACUGGUUGAAAAAAGAUGUAUCUGAAACUUGGCGACCAGUUUUGGAAGUGGCAGGUGGUGGAGUUCUUAGCCUGUCUAAUGGAUCUUUAAUAUUUGAUUCUGUGGCGUUGUCUGAUGCUGGUCUUUAUACGUGCCAUGUUGAAAAUGGCGUUGGAGAAGCUCUCAGUAAAACUGUUUGGAUUUCUGUAAACAAACCAGUUACAUUCGAUAUAGUAGCGAGAAAUUUAACAGCGAAAUUAGGACAACAUGUUACAAUAGAAUGCCAGGCCAAAGGAGAUGAUCCAAUACGAAUAAUGUGGACGAGAAACGGAAAACCAAUUAAUCCUUUGACUCAGAGGGUUAAGAUUUCUGAAGCUAAAACAUCCGAUGGCAUGAACAGCAUAUUGGAAUUGUUGCAAACAGAGACAACUGACGGUGCCCUUUAUCAGUGCAAAGCUGGAAAUCCAUUUGGUGUUGAUAUUUACACUGUCCAUUUGACUAUAUUAGAGCCUCCAACACCUCCGUCGGAUUUAUCAGUAGACUCAAUAAAGAGUCGAUCAGUCAAGCUGUCUUGGCGUGAUAUGGCGAGAUCAUUAGCACAAUACUAUAGUGUACAAAUCACCAACAGUCAAAGAUUGACUUGGAGCACUGCAAAAACUAUUAACAUAACUAGAUUGGACGAGAUUCGUCAUAGUGUCGAAAUGGAAGAUCUUCAGCCAGCAACGAGCUAUAGUGCUAGAGUAGCCGGAGGUAAUCAGGCGGACCUAAGUAUUUAUUCUACGCCAGUACGAUUUACGACGACCGAAGAGGCACCGUCAUCGCCACCGUUAGGAGUGCAGUUGGAGCAGACAGAUUCACCAGGGGAAUUAAGGGCAAGAUGGCUGCCUCCAUCCGCUGAUGCUCAUAAUGGACUAAUUCUUGGUUAUAGGUUAAGAGCUGUCCCACAACUAAGUGGAAUUAUGGAAAGUCAAGAAACAAGUGACAAGAUCAUCAAAACAUCAUCUCUAUAUUCCAAACAAGAAACUGUCAUUAGUGGUCUUUUGAAAGGUGUACGGUAUUCAGUUUCAAUCGCCGCUUUCAACGGGGCCGGAAACGGACCCUUCUCGAUUCCACUCUUCCAAGAUACUCGGGAAGGAGCACCAGAAGAAGGACCUUCUUCAGUAGAAUGUGGAGGAGUAACAUCAACAGCUCUCCGUGUGAGCUGGCAACCUAUACCACCUUACAAGCAAGCCGGAUCUCUUAUAGGAUAUUCAGUACUUUACGCAGCUCAAGGACGUCAAUGGCUCAACGCCACAUCACUAGUUACAGAAUUGCGCUUACAAGGGCUUCUCAAGUAUACGAACUACACGGUCAAAGUGGCCGGCUUCUCGAACUACGGCACCGGACCAUUCUCCUUCCCCAUUGUUUGUUCCACGCUACAAGACGUGCCAGAAGCGCCUGCAGAAAUUAAAGUUGUGUCCCAAUCACCGACGGCUCUUCUUGUCAGCUGGAAGAAACCCAAACAGCCGAACGGGCGACUGCUACAUUACACAGUUUAUUGUAAACCGACAGCUAGCAACGAUGGUCCUCAAAUUCAUCGGGUAGACGUCGAGACAGAUACGGAGCCAUACGAACAGACUCAGAGCUUAGAACUGAAGGGGCUUUAUGAAGGGCGACAAUAUGAUGUCUGGGUGACUGCGAGCACAGCCGUCGGAGAGGGGCCUGAGAGUCGACGGGUUACUAAUACGCCUUCGCAACGAGUGGUAGCAGGCGUAUGGUCACUCGGUGGAAACGUCCGUGUGGCAGUCCGCCGAGCUUUAUUACUAGCGUGUAGAAGUGUGGGUUCGCCACCACCUCGCACUGUGUGGUACCACAAUCACAACAUAAUCACACACCAUCCACGCUUCACCAGGAAUAAAGAUGACAGUUUGCUUAUAAGAAGUAUCGAUCAAUCUCUCAGCGGAAACUAUACGUGUCUAGCAAAGAACUUAUACGGAUCCGACUCGGUUGUCUACUCCGUAAAAGUUCUACCCUUGCCAGAUCCACCAUCACUAAGAGCGACCCCAUACAAGGAUUCUAUUGUUGUUGAGUGGGAUGAAAUAAGGACUGCGAAUGAAACAAUGGGCUACGGCAUCGUUUACAACUUAACUUGGAGGGAGGAAGAUGGACUCUGGCAGGAAGCUUGGCCAAUGGCUAGAGAGACCAGACUACCAGGAAUACAGCAGCAUGCAAUAUCUGGGUUGAAAUGUGGCACAAAGUACUCAAUACGUGUGACAGCUACUGACAGCAUAGGAACAUCCGUACCAGCUCAUAUCGAAGUGACAACAUUAGGAGGAGCACCAAUCUCACCGCCAACAACCGACUGGCUAUGGAGCAACGCAUCGCACAUCUACAUACAACUUAGUGGGUGGGACGACGGAGGCUGUGACGUCACCAAAUGGGACGUAGAAUACCGCCUUCUUGGCAGCAGUUUCUGGCAUCGCGCGGAAAAUUUGGCGGCAAUGGACCUUAGCCUAGGUUGGGGUUACAUAGAUAGUCACUACCAGGCGCCUCCUCUACGUUCCAUCCCAGCGUCAUAUGCAGUAGGCUCUCUUGCUUCGGGCAGUUGGUAUCAGCUGCGAGUGACCGCAAGCAACGACGCCGGCAUCGCUUCUACUAUUUAUACAUACGCUACUAAGACUAUGGAUGGAGAGGAAAUAGGCCCACCGUCUGAGUUCUUCGAUCUGAACAUGCUGGUGAUAAUCUGUAGUAGCGUACUUCUUGUCAUCUGCCUCAUGGCCUUCAUCUGUAUACUGUUUAGAAGACAUAGGCAAAAUUUCUCGUCACAAUAUCGUCACUCAAUCGCGGAGGAAGUAAAAUCUCGCAACGAAAGUGUCGCGUCGCACUCAGAACAUAAAGAGCGUUAUGCACACACCCCGCGCAUCUACACAUCCCCCGUUCACCCCAGGAAGAGCGGUAAAAAUGAAAUGUUCGAGAUAAGUCCAUACGCGGAAUUCGCGCUUGGAUUCAGGACAUUUGACCAUGUUGAGAACCAAGACCUGCCAAGUAGACUGCCAAGCAGACCAAGAUUUGAUACUGAGACCAGUUUUCAAACACGCUCAGAAUCAGAUGACAGUGACAGCACGUCGAAAGCCACAGUCUCAGGGAUGCCUAGACGCCACUGCCGAACUCCGCAUCACAGAUAAAAAACUGCCAGGAUUUUAUUUCAAUGCUUGUAGCAUUGCUAAGGUUUUUUGGAUACUUUUUCCGUUCACCAGUACACGUACUUUUUGGGAAGCUUUUAUUUAUAUCGUUAGUUUAUAAGGGCUGUUAACCAUUUGUAUGUUAACUCAACUAUCAGCUAACCUAAGUUCAAGCCUAUCAGAAAUAAGACUAAGAAAACUCACUGCCAACUUUCAGGUGUCAGACGGAUAUUUGAAUAAGAAGGAUGAGAAAUUUUCUUCAAAAGUUUAGCGCUUAUGGGUCAAACUGUUUGAAAUAAAAAAAAAUCAAAGAUAACUUUUUCCAAGGAAAGUUAUGUCCAGAUGAAUUAAACUAGUUCUUAAUAGUAUGUAAGAAGACAUAAAUUACAUGGUUUGCUCGAUUGUAUCUUUACUAUUUGAAUAAGUUAAGAACGAUUAAGACGAAUUUUCCGUGGAAAAAGUGUG